CAAUCGCGCAACACCGGCCGUUGUAGUCGACUGUAGGGGUCACUAUAACUGCUCGCCGGCUUUUUUGCGUUCUAGAUAUCUUGCAAUUUAUUGCUUCUACAUUUUCAUUUUUUACAGACUCGAUCUGUGAAAGUGCAAACCAAACUAAGUGCCGGAACCGUGCAUAGUUUUUUAAAUUAAUCGAACUUAUUUUCGAGGUAUGGAGUGGGAAGGGCCGCCCAAGCAAGGCUUGUACGACCCUCAGAACGAGCACGAGGCCUGCGGAGUUGGUUUUGUUGUUGCUAUCGACGGAAAACGUACUCAUAAAAUCGUCCGCGAUGCCGAAGUCCUUGCAAAACGUAUGGAGCACCGCGGCGCCUGCGCGUGUGACAAUGACACCGGCGAUGGCGCUGGUGUUCUAACUGCUAUACCGCAUCAGUUCUAUUGUGCUCAGCUGAGAGAUUCUCAUCAAAUCGAUCUGCCGCCGUUCGGCAAAUAUGCCACCGGCAUCUUCUUCCUGGACAAACUCCAUCACCAGGACAUCGAGGCUAAGUUCAAAGACCUAGCUGAGAGCCUGGGCCUCCGCGUGCUAUGCUGGAGAACUGUCCCCACAAAUAAUACUACAAUUGGUCAAGUGGCUCGUAACUCGGAGCCAUAUAUGCGACAGGUGUUUGUUACUGGCGAUAUAGACGACGAGAAGCAUCUCUCACAGCAGGUGUUCGUGCUGCGGAAGCGCGCGUCGCACGAGCUCGUGGUGCCGGGCGCCAGGUUCUAUAUAUGCAGUCUCUCGCUGAGGACUGUCGUUUAUAAAGGCCUGCUGACGUCCAAUCAACUAUGGGAAUACUUCAAGGAUCUGUCCAACCCAGCGUUCACAACUUACUUGGCUCUGGUGCACACCAGAUUCUCUACCAACACCUUCCCGAGCUGGGAAAGAGCUCAUCCUUUGAGAGUACUUGCUCACAAUGGCGAGAUAAAUACGUUGCGAGGUAACGUGAACCUGAUGAAGGCCCGCGAAGGUGUCAUGAAAAGCGACAGCUUUGGAGAUGAUCUAAAGAAGCUGUACCCGGUAGUAGAACCGAAUCUUUCGGACUCCGGAUCAGCAGAUUGCGUACUAGAGUUUCUCUUACACUGUGGCAACCGGUCCUUACCCGAAGCGGUCAUGACAAUGGUCCCGGAAGCCUGGCAUAAUGACCAGACCAUGACGAAAGAAAAGAGGGACUAUUAUAUGUGGGCUUCCUGCGCUAUGGAGCCGUGGGAUGGACCAGCUCUAAUUUCCUUUACUGAUGGACGGUAUAUUGGUGCCAUUCUGGACAGAAACGGUCUCCGUCCGUCCCGUUUCUACGUGACGAGUGAGAACAUUCUGGUGAUGGCGUCUGAGGUCGGAGUGUAUGAUGUGGACCCAGAUAAAGUUAUUCUUAAGAGCCGAUUGAAGCCAGGUCGUAUGUUGCUAGUGGAUACCGAAGAAAAGAGGAUCAUUCAAGAUGUCGAGCUUAAGAGGGAAAUUGCCAAGAGCAGACCACAUUCGGAUUGGCUUAAGGAACAGAUGAUAACAAUGGAAGAUAUCCACAAAUCGGUUCCACAAGAGAAUGGUUCAAACAGUGGUGGUGUAGAAGGAGCUAUAUCAGGCCUCGCUGAUAAGAGAUUAGGCCUCUUUGGAUAUACCAUCGAGUCUAUUAAUAUGUUGUUGCUGCCUAUGGUUCAGAAUAAGAAGGAAGCGCUCGGCAGUAUGGGCAAUGACGCCCCGCUUGCGUGUCUGUCCCAGUUCCAGCCGCUGCCAUAUGAGUACUUCAAACAACUGUUCGCGCAAGUCACCAACCCGCCUAUUGAUCCCUUCAGGGAGAAGAUAGUAAUGUCUCUCAUGUGUCCGAUCGGGCCAACCGCGAACAUUCUGGAACCGAGCGCCGAAUUCGUACACCGUAUAUUCUUACCGCAACCCAUCCUGUCCAUACCGGAUUGUGAAGCUCUGAAGAAGACUAACUAUAGGGGAUGGAAGACAAAAGUGAUAGACUGCACUUUCGAGUACACGGACGGGCCGCUGGGGCUGGAGGCGGCGCUGAGCUGCAUCGCCCGCAGCGCGCACGCGGCCGCCACCGCCGGCUGCCAGCUGCUCGUGCUCAGCGAGCGGGCUGCUGGCCCUACCCGCGUGCCCGUCAGCUCGCUGCUCGCAUUGGGCGCGGUACAUCACCACCUGAUUGAGACACGACAACGCAUGAAGGUCGGCAUUAUUGUGGAGACUGCUGAAGCGAGAGAGGUUCAUCACAUGUGCGUUUUACUUGGUUAUGGAGCAGACGCCAUUUGUCCGUACCUAGCGUUCGAGCUCGCGUUUUCUCUGCGCAACGACAACCUAAUAGACCCCAAUCUGACAGAUAACGAUAUAUACUCAGCUUAUCAGAAGGCUAUCGAGACUGGCUUGGCUAAAGUCAUGGCUAAGAUGGGAAUUAGUACGCUACAGUCGUACAAGAGUGCGCAGAUAUUUGAGGCCGUGGGGUUAAGCGAGGAAGUCGUUGAUAAGUGCUUUAGAGGCACGCAGUCGAGAAUUGGUGGUGUAACAUUUGAGAUUUUGUCAAAAGAAAUUUUCGAUCGCCAUGCGCUGACUUAUGGCGACUGCAAAGAUAUGCUUGUGCUACGUAACCCAGGCUACUACCACUGGCGUGCGGGUGGUGAGAAACACGUCAACGAUCCGAUGUCUAUAGCCAACUUGCAAGAGGCUGCAAAUAACAACAACCAUUCUGCUUAUGAUCGCUUUAGGGAAAGCACGCUAGAAUCAGUGCGUGCGUGUACGUUGCGAGGACAGCUCGAGUUGGUGAAACUAGACGAGCCCAUACCGCUCAGCGAGGUCGAACCUGCCUCGGAGAUUGUUAAGCGGUUUGCUACUGGUGCUAUGUCAUUCGGUUCUAUUUCACUGGAGGCACACACAACUCUCGCUAUCGCUAUGAACCGUAUCGGUGGUAAAUCCAACACUGGAGAAGGUGGUGAAAAUGCUGAUAGAUAUCUUGAUCAGGAACCGGAGUUCAACAAGCGCUCUGCUAUCAAGCAAGUGGCAUCUGGUCGAUUCGGUGUAACUGCAUCAUAUUUGGCUCAUGCUGACGAUUUGCAAAUCAAAAUGGCGCAGGGAGCCAAACCUGGAGAGGGUGGGGAGUUGCCUGGUUACAAAGUAACAGAAGACAUAGCCCGAACACGCUGUUCCGUAGCAGGAGUAGGACUGAUCUCUCCACCACCUCACCACGAUAUCUACUCUAUUGAGGAUCUGGCUGAAUUGAUCUAUGAUCUGAAGUGUGCUAACCCUAAAGCUAGGAUAUCGGUGAAGCUAGUGUCUGAAGUGGGAGUCGGUGUAGUCGCUUCAGGCGUGGCUAAGGGUAAAGCAGAACACAUUGUAAUCUCGGGUCACGACGGUGGCACUGGCGCCAGUUCCUGGACCGGCAUCAAAUGCGCCGGGUUGCCAUGGGAACUGGGCGUGGCUGAGACUCACCAAGUGCUCGUGCUUAAUGAUCUGCGAUCUAGAGUGGUUGUACAAGCUGAUGGUCAAAUCCGUACUGGUUUUGACGUGAUGGUAGCGGCGUUACUCGGUGCUGAUGAGUUUGGAUUCAGUACUGCGCCUCUCAUUGCACUUGGUUGCACAAUGAUGCGUAAAUGCCACUUGAACACGUGUCCCGUUGGUAUCGCUACACAGGACCCCGUGUUGAGGAAGAAGUUCGCAGGAAAACCUGAACAUGUUAUAAAUUAUCUGUUCAUGUUGGCUGAAGAGGUCCGCGAACACAUGGCAGCAGUAGGUGUCCGUCGUUUCCAAGAACUAAUCGGUCGUACGGAUCUUCUGAAAGUGCGCGAAAACAACGACAACCACAAGGCGCGGGCUCUAAACCUAAGCCUCAUACUGAAGAAUGCGCUACAUAUGCGGCCUGGAGUUAAUAUCGUGGGCGGAUCUAAGAGUCAGGACUUCCAACUAGAGAAACGUCUGGACAACCAAGUGAUCCAGCAAUGCGCUGGAAUAUUAGACGGCACUCAACAAAAUAUAGACAUCUCUAUGAAGAUAACUAACGAAGACAGAGCGUUUACUUCCACGCUGUCUUACCAUAUUGCUAUGAAAUAUGGCGAUGCGGGUCUACCAGAUGGUACUUCGAUAAACAUUUCUCUCGUGGGCUCCGCAGGACAGAGUUUCUGCGCGUUCAUGUCAAAGGGCGUUACUGUUACUUUGGAGGGAGAUGCUAAUGAUUAUGUUGGAAAGGGAUUGUCCGGUGGUAAAGUGAUAAUCUAUCCGCCAAAGAGCUCACAAUUUGAAUCUCAUUUGAAUGUAAUCGUUGGUAAUGUUUGUCUGUAUGGUGCUACCUCGGGAAGAGCUUACUUCAGGGGUAUAGCAUCAGAGCGUUUCUGCGUCCGCAACUCCGGUUGUGUGGCCGUAGUAGAAGGUGUGGGUGACCACGCGUGCGAGUACAUGACGGGCGGUGCUGUGCUUGUGCUGGGGCUUACUGGACGCAACUUCGCUGCGGGCAUGAGCGGUGGUAUCGCAUACGUGUACGAUAUUGACGGCUCGUUCAUGCAAGGCAAAUGCAACCCCGAGAUGGUAGAACUGUUGCCGCUCGAGAAACAAGAUGACCUUGAUAUUGUGAAGAAACUUCUGGAAGAAUUCGUGGAAUAUACUGGUUCGAUCAUCGCCAAAGAGCUGCUCGAAACCUGGCCAGAGCCAGCCAAGAAAUUCGUCAAAGUGUUCCCAUACGAAUAUCAACGGGCGCUUAAACAGUUGGCACUUAAACAACCCCAAGCGCCAAGGACUGAAACUAAUGGAAAGGAAAAUGGCGUCGUCGAUAUUGAAGAGGCUGUUAGGGACAUUGAAAACGAUAAGAAGAAUCUCGAAAAGAUCUUGGAUAAAACUAGGGGUUUCAUCAAAUACCCGCGCGAGACAUCAAUGUACCGUCCCGCGGAGAAGCGUCUCCGUGACUGGGACGAGAUAUACAACUUCGCGCAUGUCCGCCGCGGGUUGCGCGUACAAGCGGCGCGCUGUAUGGACUGCGGGGUGCCGUUCUGUCAGAGCCAGCACGGGUGCCCGCUGGGGAAUAUCAUACCCAAGUGGAACGAUCUUAUAUACAGGGCGGAUUGGAAACAGGCGCUCGCGCAGUUGCUGCAGACGAAUAACUUCCCGGAGUUCACGGGCCGCGUGUGUCCGGCGCCGUGCGAGGGCGCGUGUGUGCUGGGCAUCUCGGAGCCGCCCGUCACCAUCAAGAACAUCGAGUGCGCUAUUAUUGACCACGCCUUUGAGAGCGGCUGGCUGCAGCCUGAGAUUCCAACAAACCGCAACGGCAAAACAGUUGCCGUCGUAGGCUCCGGACCAGCGGGUCUGGCCUGUGCACACCAGUUGAAUAAGGCGGGUUACCUAGUGAGCGUGUUCGAGCGCAACGACCGUCCCGGCGGGCUGCUGCAGUACGGCAUCCCGAGCAUGAAGCUGGGCAAGGACGUGGUGGCUCGGCGCCUGCAGCUGCUCGCCGCGGAGGGCAUCGCCUUCAAGUGCAACGUGGACGUGGGCAAGGACAUCUCCGCUGUGGACCUGGCCAACGAAUACGACGCCGUGGUCCUGUGCACGGGUGCCACUUGGCCACGUGACCUUCCCAUCAAGGGCCGGCAGCUGAACGGCAUACACUUUGCUAUGGAGUUCCUCGAGGGCUGGCAGAAGAAGCAGGCGGGCCCUGCGGGGGGACAGCAUGCUAAGGUCGCUCCACAUAUAUCGGCUAAGGAUAAGGAUGUGCUGGUCAUUGGGGGUGGGGAUACUGGAUGUGACUGUAUAGCAACGUCGCUGCGACAAGGUGCCAAAUCGAUCACAACGUUUGAGAUCCUUCCCGAACCAAAGCCCACUAGAGGACAAGAUAACCCGUGGCCGCAGUGGCCUAGAGUUUUCAGGGUUGACUAUGGACACGAAGAAGUGAAACUGAAGUUUGGCAACGAUCCAAGAAAAUUCUCUACGCUCACCAAAGAAUUCAUUGAUGAUGGUAACGGCAACGUGUGCGGCGUGUCGGCAGUGGAGGUGGAGUGGGAGCGCGGCGCGGGCGGGCGCUGGGAGAUGCGCGAGCGGGCCGGCUCCGCGCGCCGCUACCGCGCAGACCUCGUGCUGCUCGCGCUCGGCUUCCUCGGGCCCGAGCGGCACGUCGCCUCGCAGCUGGAAUUGCCCCUGGACGCACGCAGCAACAUCGAGACAGCAAAGGACAAUAUUUACAAGACGCCCUUUAAAAACGUCUUCGCAGCUGGUGAUUGUCGCCGCGGCCAAUCGCUAGUAGUAUGGGCUAUAUCCGAAGGCCGACAAGCCGCUAGAGCAGUGGAUGUUUACCUCAGCGGACAUUCUUAUCUACCCGGCCCUGGAGGUGUGGUCCAUGAUCAUGAACGUGAAGCUAAAAUACAUUAAAAAUAUUAAAAAUGUUGAAAUAUCUCAUUUUGUUAUUGUAACGAGAGGUAAAUAAAAAAUGCUGUAGUCAGGCAAUUAAUAAUACUAUAAACUCCACACAAUAAUGUACAACGCUAUGUCGUAGUUUGAAUUUAUAUAAUGUUUUAAAUUAUUAUAAAAUCAUCAUGAAAUUACAAUCAACCAAGUUUAAUAUUGUUUGAUAGGUUUGACUUGCUUUGGAAGUUAGUUUGAGGAGAGAAAGGUUGAGGGAAGGCCAUUAAACUCUAAAUUUAUGGCUUUGAAUGGAAAAGAGACAAUAAUAGGCUAGAUCUGUAAUUGAAGUUAAAUUUGAUAUUUUCUAAAUAAUCCAUCAAAAGCCCUGACUACGGCGAUGUUUAAACUAUGUGUAGUUCAAAAUGUUAACAAGAAAUUAGCAGAAAUAUUUUAUUGUAGCUUAAAAAAACUUCAUUCGACAAAAAGGAUAAAAUUUAUUACAUCUAUUAUCAUAUUAAUAAUUUUAACUAGUCAACGCAGACAAAGUUAAAAUAAAACUACAUUUUAUUUUAUUUUAAAUAAAAGAAAUAAUAAUGAAACAUAAAUUUCGUUAUUAUAUUUCAAUUACUUUUAGUGUAAAAAAUAGUGUCACAUUUAUAGAAAAUAUUUUAACAUGUUUCCAUAAAAUACAGUACUAUUUAAUCUAGAUGAAUCUGUUUAACAUUAUUUAAAAAAAAACUAUUGUAUGAAAACAGUUUAACUUAAAAUGUUUGUGUUAGCAAAUGGUAUUCUAUAUGAAAGAUUAACUUAAUUCUGUUACGAGGCUAUCCAAUAAAAAUACAUAGUACUUCAAAAUAGAUGACUUUAUUGUUACCAAAGGGAUUCAAUAAUAUUAAUAAAAUGUAAUUGAAUGAAUUGAUAAUUAUAUAGAUCCUGCUUUGUUAGAUAGCCGUUUUGUCCUUUUCACUUACCCAAAAAAGGUAUUAUAAUUUAUAAGACAUUAAUUUAUUGCGUCUAUCGCUUUAGUAUCGCAAUCUAUAUGACUGACAUCGUUUGUCGUUAGCUAAAAAGAUUUCGUGGUACAGGCCUUGCUAUUGUUGCCAGUUGAUUGAGAUAUUUUUUUUUUAUCAAAUCUUCCCCCUUAAACGAUAACAUAAAAUUAUAUAGAAAUAUUUUUUACAAAAUGUUAAAUUAAAUCUAUUUUUUUUUUGUCGGGUAAGUGAAAGUCGCUUUUACAAUAAAGUAUAUUAACAUUCCGCUUGUAGGUGAUUCACAAUUGAAAUCUGAAACCAUGAUCUCUCCUGUGUCAUAGCUAUUUUGUUUCAAUAUAAUUUUUAUUUGAUAAAAAUAUUCCCAUUACGAACGCAGUAUUUAAUAUCUAAUCUAUAAUAUACACUCACUAACAUUUGUAAAUUUUUAUAGUUUUUAAAAUUUACCACAUUCACUUAGUAUUUCCAUUUUCAAUAUAUAAGUACUUGGUAUUUAUAUUUUCCAAGGUAUUUUCAUAAAAAUCAGGAAACUUUUUGAAUAAAAGAAACUAAAAUUUUAUUUACAAAAACUGAUAAACGUAAGAAUGUACAAAGAGAUCAUUUUAAACUGUGAUUUUAUUUGUGUUUCAGUAAUGAGAUUAAUUUUUAUUGAACAUAGAGUAUUAUGUUUGUGUGAUAGUUCCUACAAGCUGUGUUUUUUUUAGAUGUGAUUCAUAAAUAAUGAAAGGAUAUAAAAUUAUCCGUUUGUUUAUUAAUCACAUUCUAAAGAACUGUAUCCUAUUAUCGCGUAAAUGUUUAAUUUUAGAUUUAAGUUUAAUAAAUGCCUUUAAUAUGCUUGUAUAAGAUCCAUACCGCUAUUUAAUUAUCUGUGAAAUUUGGUUUUACGUUUUAUAGUCUGCAAUUGUAUUUCGUUCGAAAUUAUGUUAUUUUGAUGUCGUAUUGUAUACGAUUAUGAAAUUUUUAGAAUUAUGUACAUUUUGUUUAUUGUUGCUUUAUUUUUAUUUAAUAAAGGUUUCGUUUUAUUAUUUUUU